AUGAUUUUAGAUUCGCUGCGUUGGUUAGGUUUAAAUUGGUCAGAAGGGCCUGAUAUCGGCGGACCUCAUGCUCCUUAUCGCCAAUCUGAGCGAAUGGGAAUCUAUAAACAAUAUGCUUUAGAACUUGUUGAAAAAGGUCAUGCCUUUUACUGUUUCGCAACGGCGGAAGAGCUUGAUCAAAUGCGUGCUGAACAACAAGCCCGUGGUGAAACCCCUGGUUAUGACGGUCGUGGCCUAAAACUUUCCCCAGAAGAGGUACAACAGCGUUUGGCUGCGGGUGAAGCCCAUGUGAUCCGUAUGAAAGUCCCUGAAGAAGGCGUUUGCCAAUUCAAUGACUUACUUCGUGGUGAAGUGGAGAUUCCUUGGGCGCAAGUCGACAUGCAAAUUCUACUCAAAACAGAUGGUUUGCCAACUUAUCAUUUAGCCAAUGUAGUCGAUGACCAUUUAAUGGAAAUCACCCAUGUGAUUCGUGGUGAAGAAUGGAUUCCAUCUGCACCAAAACACCAGUUGCUCUACCAAUAUUUUGGUUGGGACAUGCCAACAUUGUGCCAUAUGCCAUUGUUGCGUAACCCAGACAAGUCAAAAUUGUCUAAACGUAAAAAUCCAACCUCAAUCAACUACUAUAAAGACAUCGGUGUGCUGCCUGAAGCGUUACUAAACUAUUUAGGCCGUAUGGUGCCAAAGUCGAAAAAUCUUGCCUGUUACCCAUGGGAAUACGCCUGCUGUACGUCCUGUUGUUCCAAAAAGCUUGCAACGGUGCAGGUCAAACAUUGCAAAUUGCAACAGUUGUGGUCUUCAUUGCAGCUGUGA